AACAUUAUCGAAUAGGUAGUUCAAUUCCAGUCAACACACGAGCAACGACUGACGGUUAUUCACCUAUAGUCUUAAAACGUUUACGUUUAUAGAUAUAUUGAAUAUUAAUAAUAAUAUUGUACAAAUAUACAAUUUAUUUUUCAUUAGAAAUAAAUCCGUAAAAAUAUAUUAAAAUAAUGCCGGAAACUGUGGUUACCAUUCAAAAUCCUGAAUCCAAACCUGGAAAACACGGAGUGGAAAAUGGAAACAUGAACAACAUUUUUUCUUGGGUAGAAAUCAACUACAAAUAUUUCAAAACCUUGCCAGGGAUAUUGAAAUUAGCACAGUUGAUACUUGGCAUAAUAUGUUUGGCACUAGCUUCACCGGCCAGGUUACCAGGCACCAAUUGGUUUCUGUUCGUGGUCAUCAUUAGUUUCAUAGCGACGGCCAUCUGGUCGUUUGUCUAUUUACUCUCCAUCCGGGAGGCUAUUAAUUUCCCAAUAAAUUGGGUGCUUACGGAAUUCUUCAACACGCUCCUGUUAACUGUCUUGUACACGGUCGCAUUCAUCGUACAACUUUCAGCCUGGUCCAGACCGUACCAAUCUUAUUACAAAAAUCCAAACAUAGCGGCAGGGGUGUUCGGGAUUGUCAACGCGGCUGUGUAUGGAACUGGAGUGUAUCUGAUAUUUAACGAUUGGAAAAAGUCGAGAACUGCUACAACGGUUCAACAGCAAUAAUAUUCGAGAGGACAAAAAAAACCGCCUGCUACACAUAAUUGUCUCAGACAUAAGAUAUUAUAUAAUAUCAUAAUUAUUAUUAAUAUACUAUAUAGUACCUAAAUGUUUCAUGUAUUCGAAUGUAGGUUAUAAUAAUGGUAAUAUAAAAUUUUGGAUAGAAUCGUAAAUAAAUAUUAUGUAUACAUUAAAACUAAUUGCUAAGC